CAAGCGAACUAUUCAGCGGCGAAUGCAUGUCUGGAUGCCCUUGCAUCUUGGCGUCGCUCGAACGGUUUGUGUGGUCAGAGCAUUCAGUGGGGGCCGUGGAUCGAGCAGGGAAUGGCAGCUGGCUUGAAGCAGCAUCUUGACAAGGCGGGUAUGAUGGGAAUAAGCAAUGAGCUUGGUACAAGAGUUUUGCAGGACGUGCUGAAAGCUCCGCAGCAAGGCGUCGUGUGUGCCCAGGCGUUGGUAUGGCGAAAGUUCCUGAGGCGCUACGCGUUCGACCCACCCCCCUUCUUUUCUGAGGUGUCUACUGUCAGCACGGCCAGCCUCAGUGCCUCGAUCGACCUGAGUUCAAUAAGCAAGGGGGCACUUGUUGAAAUUCUUGUGGACAUUGCGCAGACAGUGUCUGGGUCUACGGAGAAGCCGGGGGCUUCCACGCCGCUCAUAGAUUUAGGACUUGACUCCCUCGGGGCAGUUGAGUUCCGCAACUGCGUUGCUGAAAAAACUGGAAUUAAGCUCCCUCAGAAUCUGAUGUUUGAGAAUCCCAGCGUGGAAGACAUUGCGGAGUACAUAUUGAACAGGGCCCAUAUCGCAGAUGAUGCCGCCGGUGCUGGAGGGACGCUGGUGAAUUCCUCGCACACAACGAUUGACCAGUGGCUCAUGUCUGUCCUCGUGCCUGCCGAGAGAUACACGUUGUACGUAGACUCGCUGACGUCAUCAUAUGAGAACCUUAGCGGCAUGGCUUCAGUCGAAGACAUUGUGAGUGCUCUCGAGACGCUUGGGGUCACAGCCCCAGAAGACUUUGACCGCCUGAACGUCGCAUGGGAAGAACUCAGAGACGCAUAUGCAAACCCCACAGGAGCAAUGUCUGAUACUCAGCGGAAGCCGCGAGUCGCAACGCGUGUUCCGCAUCCCACAGAAGACGUCGAAAUGCUUAAAAACAAGCUGACCUUUGAUGUUACGAGCAUCGAACCCAUCGUUUUUCCGGAGAAAUACCGAAUCGCUCUGCUAACUGGCGCCACAGGAUUUGUUGGUCGCAUUCAGCUUUCUGUACUCUUGGAAGCUUCGGCAGACUUGGAGGUUAUUUGCAUCGUCCGGGCCAAAGACUCAGGGCACGCGCUUGACCGAAUCAGGCAGGCAUGCAAAGAGGCAAAGUGCUGGAAGGAAGCGUACUGCAAUCGGAUCAUCCCGCUGGCCGGUGAUUUUACCCUCCCCGAUUUGGGUCUUGGGGAAGAAAAAUUCGAGCAGCUUUCGAAGAAGGUCGAUAUUGUCUAUCAUACAGGAGGUGACGUCAACCUACUAAGCAACUAUGCACGACUUCGUUCAUCAAACGUCCUGUGCCUGCUUGGAAUUAUCGAUUUCUGCACGAGGAAUCGAUUGAAGCCGCUGCACUUUGCUUCCACCCUCGGGCAGUUCCCAGCUUUCUUCUGCGAGUUUACCGGAGCAUACCAGGACUAUGUCAUCACGGAAGACAGCAGGCCUACACCAGAGGAGAUGGAGGCUUUCUAUCCUCCUCUCAGAAUGGGAUAUCCGUGGUCGAAAUGGGCCGCUGAGCUGGUUCUUUGUAGUGCAAAGGAGAAGGGGCUUCCUGUCUUCAUUUACCGCCUACCAAACACCUACGUGGCUUACGCGUCGGGCUACACAAACCCAACAGAUUACGCAACUGCCCUUAUGGUGUCUACUGUCCAAGAAGGAAUAUUCCCUGUCGGCUGCGCUGCUGCUCCGCUCACACCGGUUGACACUAUCUGUCAAAUGCUGGUUGGGGUGUCUUUCCUGAAGGAGCCUAAACACUUCUUGUACCACUUAUUCGACCCUCGAACCAUAACAGGGGACCAUCUGGAACUCUGGAGUCAAGAACUUGGGAUUGCGUACAAAGGUGUACAUAUCGACGAAUUCCUUGCUGCGGUCAAAGCUCGUGGCCCAGAGUCGCCCGUUUUCAAGUUUGUGCCUCUAAUCCAGUUCAUGAGAAAGUAUUGGUUUGACUCCGAAGUACGCACAAAAGAUUUCCCCAUAGAAACCAAGAAUAUCUUCGAGGCGCUGCCUAGCGCGAGGUGGCCAGACCAAAGAGAUGUCUUCAAAAAUUCACUACUCUACAGUGUUCAAUCCGGCUUUUUCCCCAAGAAUUCUAAAGCUAUUCGCGUCGAUCCUGAGGCGUGCCUGGAGGAUGCAAAGAGAAUCUCAGGACUAGACUCUCUAGGGAAAGAUCAUGACUACUUCAUGAAGCCACUACAUAUCUUGAAAGACUCACUUCUCCAGGAAUCCAACCCGUCGUUCUGUGGCAAACUAGCAAUGUUCCGUACCGUCAGACAGCAGCUCAUGAACCUCAUGUACAUGGAAAAUAUGAGGCUCAACCACCCAGAAAUUGAGCAGUUAGAGGUCAAGAAGCCACUGAUCAUUGUUGGGCUGAAUCGUACAGGCACAACGUUCCUUCAGAACAUUAUGGCCACUGACAUAUCCAAUCGUUCAGCCCGUUACUGCGAAAUGAUUGCCCCAUACGGCAAUAAUGGCCACUACUACCAAAAGGGACUCAGCAACGACCCUGAAUCGUGGAACCGCGAUCCAAGAAUCAGCUUUGCACAGGAAGUGCUCGAUAGCCAGCUGGCUUUGUCCGAGGAAUGGAUAAGCAUCCAUGCACAGAGUGCCGAACUUCCAGAAGAAGAUUUUGUUAUCCUUGAGCACUGCGGCAGAUGCUAUUCCAUUUGCACCGAAUUUAAUGUCCCGUCGUAUCGCAAGUGGCUGUAUGCUAAUGACUACCAGGAAAUGAAGAACGCAUAUAAAUUCCAUAAGCGAUUCCUUCAGCAUCUGCAAUACCAACGCGUUGCUGAUCGUUGGCUUCUAAAGAUGCCAUUCCACCUCUUCACUCUUGAUGCACUUUUCGACACCUACCCAGAUGCAAGGAUUAUUUUCAUGCACAGGGACCCCAAAGAUACUGUGGCAAGCUGGGCCAGCCUGGUGAGGUGUGCUCAGCAGUCACUCCUUGACUCGGUGAACCCUGCAGAACUUGGGAAGCUCGAGUUAGAAGCAAUGUCUAGAAUGAUCAACCGAGCUCUGGACUUCCGUGCAACCAGGCCAGAUCUAAAGAACCAAAUACUUGACGUGCAGUACAAAGAUUUGAUUGAUGAUCCCUUGGGCACCGUAACCAAGAUUUACAGCCACUUCGACAUUCCGCUGACCGAGCAGGCACGCGAACGCAUGACUGAAUUCUGUCAUCAGGAUAGGAAUACCCGCAGGAAGCUCUCGAAACACAACUACACACUCGAAGACGUAUCACUAACAAAGCCUAUGGUGGAGGAGGCAUUCAAGCAAUACUACAACUCUGGGCUGUGCAAAUACUUGAAGGAAUAA